AUGGCUAGUUUAAAUCGUUAUAAUCUUAUUUUGCUCAUCGCUCUUAACAUGUCAUUAUGUCUGUUAGUUCAUACUGGUUCAAUUCAUCGUCCAAGUUUAUAUGAUGAAGAAUUAUUGGCUAUGAUUGAUUCAAAUGGUUUAUCAAACAAUGCUUAUGACAAUAGUAAUCAUAAUGAACGACAAGGAACAAAUUUAUAUCCAUUGUUAUUGUCACUUGCCAAUGAUGAUAAUACAUUUCAACAACCGAUCAAUAAUCAUCGAGACAUAAAAAGAUCAAAAUUGAAUCUUCAUACGAAUCUUAAUUUACCACGAUAUUUACGUUCUAUUGAUUAA